AAGCCUUAGCGAGGAAGUCUCCCGUUCGGGCGUUCUGCUUGUAGUGUGGUGUGGAACGUUUAGGCAGCGUGGUUUGCUUCUUUGCGGCAAGGCUGGUCUUUGGCCGGCCAGGGCCUUACGGGCCUUUGGAGACCGCAGAUUUGGUCUUUUCUCACUGGUAGGAGAGCUCGCGCCGAGCCGCGCAGCGCCCCGACCCGUCCCCACCAUGCUGGUGCUGUUCGAAACGUCCGUCGGCUACGCCAUCUUUAAGGUUUUAAAUGAAAAGAAACUUCAAGAAGUUGAUAGUUUAUGGAAAGAAUUUGAAACUCCAGAGAAAGCAAAUAAAAUAGUAAAGCUGAAACAUUUUGAGAAAUUUCAGGAUACAGCAGAGGCAUUGGCAGCAUUCACAGCUCUAAUGGAAGGCAAAAUCAAUAAGCAGUUGAAGAAAGUUCUGAAGAAAAUAGUUAAAGAAGCCCAUGAACCCUUGGCUGUGGCUGAUGCUAAACUAGGAGGGGUUAUAAAGGAAAAACUGAAUCUCAGUUGUAUCCACAGUCCUGUUGUUAAUGAACUUAUGAGAGGAAUCCGUUCCCAGAUGGAUGGAUUAAUCCCUGGGGUAGAACCACGUGAAAUGACAGCUAUGUGUCUUGGGUUGGCACACAGCUUGUCCCGAUACAGAUUGAAAUUUAGUGCUGAUAAAGUGGACACCAUGAUUGUUCAGGCAAUUUCCCUGUUAGAUGACUUAGAUAAAGAACUAAACAACUAUAUUAUGCGGUGUAGAGAAUGGUAUGGCUGGCAUUUCCCUGAGUUAGGAAAAAUUAUUUCGGAUAAUUUGACAUACUGCAAGUGUUUACAGAAAGUUGGCGAUAGGAAGAAUUAUGCCUCAGCUCAACUUUCUGAGUUACUGCCAGAGGAGGUUGAAGCAGAAGUGAAAGCGGCUGCAGAGAUAUCCAUGGGAACCGAAGUUUCAGAAGAAGAUAUUUGCAACAUUCUGCACCUUUGCACUCAGGUGAUUGAAAUCUCUGAGUAUAGAACCCAACUUUAUGAAUAUCUGCAAAAUCGAAUGAUGGCCAUUGCACCCAAUGUUACAGUCAUGGUUGGGGAAUUAGUUGGAGCACGACUUAUUGCUCAUGCAGGUUCUCUUUUGAAUUUGGCCAAACAUGCAGCUUCUACGGUUCAGAUUCUUGGAGCAGAAAAGGCACUUUUCAGAGCCCUGAAGUCUAGACGAGAUACGCCUAAGUAUGGUCUCAUUUAUCAUGCUUCACUUGUAGGCCAGACGAGCCCCAAACACAAAGGAAAGAUUUCUCGGAUGCUGGCAGCCAAGACUGUCCUGGCUAUCCGGUACGAUGCCUUUGGUGAGGAUUCCAGCUCUGCAAUGGGAGUCGAGAACAGAGCGAAACUAGAAGCCAGGUUGAGAGCGUUGGAAGAUAGAGGGAUAAGGAAAAUAAGUGGGACAGGAAAAGCAUUAGCAAAAGCAGAAAAAUAUGAACAUAAAAGUGAAGUGAAGACUUAUGAUCCUUCUGGUGACUCCACACUACCAACCUGUUCUAAAAAACGCAAGAUUGAACAAGUAGACAAAGAGGAUGAAGUUAUUGAAAAGAAGGCCAAAAGGGCCAAGGUUAAAAUUAAAGUUGAAGAAGAAGUAGUAGAAGAUGUAGAAGACACAGAAGAAGAGGUAGUACAAGUUGUAGAAGAACAGGAAACAUCUGUGAAGAAGAAGAAGAAAAAGGACAAAAAGAAACACGUUAAGGAAGAACCGCUUUCUGAAGAAGAGCCAUGCACCAGCACAGCAGUUGCUAGUCCAGAGAAAAAGAAGAAAAAGAAAAAAAAGAAAGUUAAUGAGGACUAAUGGGAGGAACCAUUCUUUCGAAGAGUUCAUUAUUGGAUCAGCUGGAUACAUCAUGCUUACGAUUCAGUCAGAAAUAUUCGCGAGAUACUCUGUAAAAUAAUUGAUGGGAAGUUGGAUGAGAAAGAAAGAUUAAUCAUUAAUAGCAUUUCAUACCUAUUUGUGUCUUGACAUACUUCAACUAUGUUGAUUUUAUUAUGUCAUCAUUUCUUAGGAUAUUUGUUAUACAAAUAAAAAUAUUUUCUUUGUAUUUUAA